UUUCUUCUUUUUUUUUUUUUUAUUUUUUCUCCUUUUUAUAUGCUCCUUUACAAGUUGAGCUUUAAAUGAUGCUAUCAAUGUUGCAUACCGAACAAGUAUAUUAUGAGGAGACAAAAAAGAAAGAAAGAGUAACCUGUCAAGUUAGUAAAUGCCCAUUGCUGUCACUUUUUAUUUUUCUCUCUUUUAUGCUUCUUUCUUGGUGAUGAUAACAAUCAUAAACAAAUAAAUAUAUAUAAACAAAUUGUUACAUCUUUUUAUUUAUCAUGCAUAACCCCUUUUCUUACUGAUUUUUUUUCUUUUAAUUCAUUAUAUAUACCCAAAAAAAAAAGUAAUAAAAAGAGCCACCUUCUUAAUUUCUUACUCUUUCUUCUCUUUUUUUUUCUUCUUUUUUGUAAAGUUGUCAUUAUAGAACCCUUCAAAAUAUAACAAGAUGACUCAACAUCGUAUAUUUAAGCCUGUCAUUUUAUUUCAUGAUCAUUCUUACAGUACAGACCCAUCGGGUGUAACUCAUCGUAUUCAUAUUCCUUAUGGUGACCCGUACUAUAUCCCAUUGAUUCAACAAAAGAAACAGACUGUAGGCAUGAUGCUCAAAUCAAAUGGAAAGGCUUGGUAUGAUAUCAUUCAAAGUACAAGACAAGAAUUAUCACCAAAACCAACACAAAGUCCUAAAUUGUCAAAAAAACCAAAAAAGACUAGAAGACCCAACAAUAAAUCAAACUUGUUCUCUGACGAUGAUGACGAUGAUGCUAUUUCUGAAGAAGAAGACUUUCAUUUGACAAGCAGUAGUAGCAGUAGUAGUAGCAGUGAUAGCAGUUGUUGUUGUGAAAGUGAAGAUCAUCCCAUCAAAUCGCCUCUCCCUUCUUCUUCCUCUGCGCUUAAUAACACCAAUAUGAUUCGUAAAAGAAGAGGCAAUUUACCCAAGACAGUGACAGCCGUUUUGAAACAAUGGUUGGUUGAGCACUGUCGUAAUCCAUACCCAACAGAAGCCGAAAAAAUUGGUUUAAAAGACAAAACUGGAUUGACAUUGAACCAAAUCAGUAAUUGGUUUAUCAAUGCAAGACGACGAUUAUUACCCCAAAUAUUAGACGAUGUAAAUCAUAAGGGAACUGAUCAUGUACUUUUAGUGGAGGGCGAAAUGAUUGAAGAUGAUCCUAUACCAAGAUAGACCCAUCUAUUUUACCAACCCCUACUGUCAUGAGAAAGCGUAGAAGAUAUAAUAAACAAUCAAGCAUUCAUUUUAGUUUUUACUGGUUUGCUUUAACAACAUCUUAUCGCUCUUUUUUUUUUUCUUUUUUCUUUUUACCGAACAAGAACAGGUUCAUGACGUCUUUUAUGUG